ACUCCUGCAAUGUCAGUCUUCAACUUCUCUGAAGAGGGAAUCUCCACCUUCUUCCUGAUUGGAAUCCCAGGGGCAGAGCAUGUUCACCUGUGGGUCUCCAUCCCCAUUUGCUUCAUGUACCUUGUUGCCAUCCUGGGAAAUGGCACCAUCCUUUUUUUCAUAAAAACAGAGAACUCCCUGCACGAGCCUAUGUACUAUUUCCUUUCCAUGCUGGCAUUCUCGGACCUGGGGCUGUCUAUCUCCUCCCUUCCAACCAUGCUGAGAGUCUUCUUGUUCAAUGCCACAGGAAUUUCCACAGAUGCCUGCUUUGCACAGGAGUUUUUCAUUCAUGGGUUCUCAGCUAUGGAAUCAGUAGUGCUUUUGGUCAUGGCCAUUGAUCGCUAUAUAGCCAUCUACAACCCUUUGAGGUACACCUCCAUCCUUACCAGUGACAGAGUCUUUAAAACUGGCUUUGCAUUUGCCACCCUGUGUAUUUUACUUGUUCUCCCAUUCCCUUUUAUUCUAAAGAGGCUGAAAUUCUGUAAGAAAAGCAUUUUGUCCCAUUCAUAUUGCCUUCACCAGGAUGUGAUGAAGUUGGCCUGCUCAGACAACAGGAUCAAUAUAAUUUAUGGAUUUUUUGUGGCUCUUUUAUCUCUAUUAAACUUAAUGUUCAUUUCUGUGUCUUAUGUGUUGAUCCUGAAAAUUGUCCUGGGCAUUACCUCACACAAGGGUCGCCUCAAGGUCCUCAACACUUGCAUUUCUCACGUCUGUGCUGUGUUCAUCUUCUAUGUGCCUAUUAUCACCUUGGCUGCCCUUCACCGCUUUGCCAAAAAUGCCUCUCCAGUUAUUAGAGUCCUAAUAGCUGAUCUCUUCCUGCUGGUUCCCCCUCUAAUGAAUCCCAUUGUAUACUCUGUGAAGAGUCAGCAGAUUAGAAACGUGAUCCUGGCAAAAUUAUGUGAGAAACAGCAUUGA